AUGUGCGAACACCGAACAUUUGUAUACAGACGCAAAGAACACGUUGGUAAAUCUGGAGAGAUUGGUCGGGACUGCAUUCCUCUUCUUGAUUUAACAUGCUCUAAAAAAACGCUGAACUGCUUCAACUUGCUGUCCACAUGCAAUAACCUCGCCGACACGAACAUGAAUAUAAUACCAGCUUAUAAGCGUACAGACGUAUGUACCACUUACGAAGGCGCGAAAAUGGUAUUCAUCAUGAUCAGGCAUAAUAGUGCAGCACUAGGGCUUCGUGAUAGCAUAGUGGCUAAGGUCGACUGGUGCUGUUUUGCAGUGGCCGAGUUCGAAUACGACAAGAAGAUCCACACCGAUCACAUUCUUUGUGUGCGAUGA